UUUCACUCUCAUGAAAUCAUCAUGGAGAGUUGCAUAACAGAGAAAAGCGAUAUGCUUGCGAAAGUCCUUCGACUUCAGUAGUCAGAGAUGCAAGUGACUGUAGAUAUGCACAUUUCAUUGCCAAAACCGAAGGCUAUUAAGGGAGAGCCUAUUCGUAGAUCUAUCUCCGCUGUAACGCCAUGUGUUCAAAAAAGAUCAUGCCUUUUCACAGUAAUGUUAUUAUUAUUCUCUAUCGUCAAGGAGAGCAGAUAUGUCGAGAGAAAAAAUACGAUCAACCCAAUGUCACUCUCCCGUGUCAGUGAUAAUAAACGUGAGGGGCUGUGGAAAUGCACAGUACGUUUCCAUCCCCUACGGUCGUUCUGGAGAGCUGACUUGAGAUCGUAUCUCCACUGCAAAGGACUUUAUGCGGAAAAGAUUGUGCAUUUUUACAGCUGCCUAUUACACUUGGCUACCGUGAAGGAGAGUGGGUAUGACGAAAAUGGGUGACACACCCGGGAUCAUCCUUCGAUACCAGUCUUCGGAAAAUGUGGGGGGCUGUGCGAAGAUGCACAGUUUCUUUUCUGAUAGCAUGAGUUGUUGCUAUCAUGGGAGACGGUACAAACCUAUACUCCAACUGCUUUAGAUGUCAUCUCAAAAAAGAUUGUGCGUUUUGACAGUUCAAGGUGUUGUCGA